AUGGAGCCUGAGGAAGUGUGAACGCGACACCUUCCCGGCCCGGGCGAGUGUCUGUACGGGCGGGGUGGAGGGACCCACUCCCCUGGAUUCUGUCCAGACCACAGAGCCGGGCCCUAAGGAUCCUUUUUUCAAAAUGAUCAGAGGCAGCCACUGGGGGGAAGAGAGUUUAGUGAUUAAGUGUGAUACAAUCGCUUCAUUUGAUGGGAAAUUGUAUUUCUGCAUUUUUGUUUGUUUGUUUAGGUUCUCUAUUUGUUUCUUCCUUUCCAAGUAUUAAUAUUUCUCUCUCGAGUGAUUCCUCAUGCCCAGAGCUGCAUCCUCCUCCUCCACCUUCCCCAGAGAUUUUUUUUUUUUAACUUUUCCCUUUUAAGAGAAUUUGACUUAGGCAACCUGAAUUCUUUGCACUAAGGGUUCUUGUCUGUGGAUAAAGGUGUAAGAUUUCGAGAGUAAUAGGCCCUGCCCAAGUGUUUCAGUAGUAACAUUCUAAAUUCACAUUAAGCCGUAGGCUGGAGAACAUUCUAUUUGUGGGGUUUUUUGUUGUUGUUUUUGUUUUUUGCGGUACGCGGGCCUCUCACUGUUGCGGCCUCUCCCAUUGCGGAGCACAGGCUCCGGACGCGCAGGCUCAGCGGCCAUGGCUCACGGGCCCAGCCCCUCCGGGGCGUGUGGGAUCUUCCUGGACCUGGGCAAGAACCCGUGUCCCCUGCAUCGGCAGGCGGACUCUCAACCACUGCGCCACCAGGGAAGCCCUCUAUUUGUUUUUGAUACAAACUAUGACGAAUUUGAAAGCAUAACAUUACCCAGUUUUUAUUUAAAACUCGAAUUUACAAAAUCUGGACCAUUCUCAGUUACGGUUGUUGUGAUUUUUUACCCCAUCUCCUCCUGUAGCAGUUUCACAGUUUACAAAGCCAGCAGUCUUUGCUCGUUUACUUUGUGUAUUGCUCUGUGCAAAGACAGAUUUUUGAAGCUGUUCUUGCCCCCUGAUGGCUUACACUCUAGACGGACGAGCCAAAACUACCUUGCUGAUAUCUCUUAUGUAAAGUUUUUAAUGAAAAGCAAAUGUUUGAGGGAAUUCUGAAGAGUAAGAAGUUAUUUUCAUUUAGGGCAUCAGAGAAUGUUCUCUAGUUUUUAAGGUGAGUUCUGAAAGUUGGUUAUACUGAAGGAGCUGAAGUGGGAGAUGUUGCCAUUCCGGGUGGGAGAGCCGGACAAGCCAGCACAAGACUUUUUCAGCAGCUCAAUGGCCUCCCCGAAGAAGAAACUUCAAGGUCUUGUUGCUGCGACCAUCACGCCAAUGACUGAGCAUGGAGAAAUCAACUUCUCAGUCAUUGGUCGGUAUGUGGAUUAUCUCAUAGAAGAACAGGGAGUGAAGAAUAUCUUUGUGAAUGGCACGACAGGAGAAGGCCUGUCCCUGAGCAUCUCAGAGCGCUGCCGGGUCGCGGAGGAGUGGGUGACAGAAGGGAGGAACAAGUUGGAUCAGAUAGUAAUUCACGUGGGAGCACUGAGCUUGAAGGAGUCACAAGAACUGGCCCAACAUGCAGCAAAAAUAGGAGCGGAUGGCAUCGCUGUCAUUGCACCUUUCUUUCUCAAGCCAUGGAACAAAGAUGUCCUGAUUAAUUUCCUAAAGGAGGUGGCCGCUGCUGCCCCUGCACUGCCGUUUUACUACUAUCACAUUCCUGCUUUGACAGGGGUAAAGAUUCGUGCUGAGGAGUUGUUGGAUGGAAUUCAGGAUAAGAUCCCCACCUUCCAAGGGCUGAAAUUCAGUGACACAGAUCUCUUAGACUUCGGGCAGUGUGUUGAUCAGAAUCGCCAGCAACAGUUUGCUUUCCUUUUUGGGGUGGAUGAGCAACUGUUGAGUGCUCUGGUGAUGGGAGCAACUGGAGCAGUGGGCAGUACCUAUAACUACCUGGGGAAAAAGACAAACCAGAUGUUGGAGGCUUUUGAACGGAAGGACUUCUCCUCGGCCCUGAACCAUCAGUUUUGUAUUCAGAGAUUUAUCAACUUUGUGGUCAAACUAGGUUUUGGAGUGUCGCAGACCAAAGCCAUCAUGACUCUUGUCUCUGGGAUUCCAAUGGGCCCACCCCGGCUUCCACUACAGAAAGCCUCUAGGGAGUUUACUGAUAAUGCAGAAGCUAAACUGAAAAGCCUAGAUUUCCUUUCUUUCACUGAUUUAAAGGAUGGAAACUUGGAAGCUUGUAGCUAGUGCCUCUCUAUCAAAUCAGGGUGUGUACGUUGAGAUAUAAUCCACUUUGAGUACUGCAUUCAUUUCUCAAAAACUUUUUAGAUGAGUUUGAACUAAACUUUCCUAGCAAAUGAAAUCUUGCAUCAAUCAACAAGUAUUUAAAUACCUACUAUGAUCUUUUAAAAGUUUAAAUUUAUGAAGGGGCAAAAACUCUAAAAGGAGUUAUGAGCCCUAAGUCAUUCAAUAUGUCACAGAAUUUUGGUGGAGAAGUUUUUGCAUAAAUGGAUAAUAUGGAAUCAAGAGGAAAAUUGUAAUUGAUUAAUUCCAUCUGCCUUUGGGAGCUCCCAAUAUCUUGAUUUCUGGUUGUUAAUCCUAUUUUAAAGUUUUCUAAUUUUUUUUUUUUUUAAAGUUUUCUAAUUUUAAACCACCAUAAUGUACUUUCAUUUUAAUAAAUAUUCAUUUGGAAUCUAGGACAACUCUGAGCUAUUGCAUUUAGGCAGACAUGCUAACUUUAAUGCCAGAUUACAGUGAGACUCAACUAUGCACAACUGUUAACAAACCAGUUCACUUGGCUGCUCAGUCUAACUCUAGAAUAUCUGCUUUCGGAUUAAUUGCGAUGUCGCAGUUUUCCCCAAAAACAUUGGGUCAGGUGAAGACUUGCUUCAGUUACUAUAACUAAAGGGCCAUUAGGGUGGUUUUCACAUAACAAAGGAAAGGCCUUCCCCAAAGAUGAAUUCAAGUCUCUAAUUGUUGCUAUAGAGAACUUCUCAAAGUUUCAAAGAGCUCUCUGCUCUGGGCACCACAAACUUCCCCUUUCCUCACUGAGAAGUGUCCCUCAACAGUGCCCUGAAUUAUUGGAAAUGAAAGCCAGCAUCCCUUCUGCCGUGAGCCCAGGGGCUACUUACUGUUAUUUCCCAGUCACAUUUUCACACAGUCACUUUUCAGUGAUAAGAGAUUUAGGGAGGACCUAAAGAUUUAACUUUAACUUUCUCUACACACCUUCUUUACUUUUUUCUUUUUCUGGACUAUAUAACUGGCUGCUCAGUCUCCUCUCUAACAAACCCUGGUACAUGCCUUCCAGUAACAAAGUGUACUGAUGGUCAAUCCUUAGUGAUUUUAAACUGGACUAUCCAGUCUAAUAACUACCUAAGAUUUUAUUUUGUUUCUUAUCUAAUUAGUCUGCUCAUUGGCAGAGGAAAAGUAUUUGAAAUUCAUAUCAGUUUACUCUAUUUUUUAAUUUUUAAAAAUUAAAAAAGUGUUUGCAAAAUGAGAGUUUGAAAUGAUCAGUGGAUUUAAUUAUCUUUGCUACCCUUCUCUUUAUAUCUCCUCACUCCUUUUUUGCCCAGGAAUAAAACACACUGUUUUCUCCUAUUUCUCUCACCUUUAGGAGUAAGGUAUCUGAAUUAGAAAUUGAACCACGGUGGCUUAUGUGAGCUUAUAUUCUACCUCACUGAAACUUUUCUCUAUAGCCGUUAAUUUCCUGAAAGAAGAACAGUGAGGUUUUUGCUAGUCUUUGGUUCUGAGGAUGUCAUAUCCCUACUUAAUGAUACUAAAGCCAAAUUAAUUUUUCAGUGAAGAUAAAUAUUGGAUAUCCACUAAGCAAUGAACUCUGCUUUUCUUUUUUUGCUCUUCUGAAAUUAGUGCUUAGAGGGCUUUUAACAUGAUUAAUGAGAUCUUGUGAACACAAAGUUAGUUAAACAAAAUGACCAAGGGCUGAGUUUAGCUCUAUGUAUUUUAACAUCCAACUCCGUAGAAACAAGGGACUUCUCUGGUGGCACAGCGUUUGGGACUCCAUGCUCCCAGUGCGGGGGGCCUGGGUUCGAUCCCUGGUCUGGGAACUGGAUCCCACAUGCAUGCCGCAACUAAGGAGCCUGUGAGCCGCAGAUAAGGAGCUGGCCUGCUGCAACUAAGACCCAGUGCAACCAAUCAGGGAAGCACAAAAGAGAAAACCAUUCUACAAUUUAAUACAUACAGUGUCAUUAGUGGUUUUUUACAGUUUGCUUUUGAGGAUAAUCUACUGAAUUUUUCUGCCAGUGACAUUUCAGAGUGAAGUUGUCUUCAGGAGUACACUUCCACAGAGAAUCAAGAGUAUAACAGUCCAAUAUAUUUUACAGGUGAUACCUGACAGUUUAUGAGUAGCUGCAGAUCACUUUUUUCUCCAUUUUUUCCCCAAAGUCUUGGAUGAUGAACAGGAAUCAUGACUUUCACCACCACUAUAGUGCUCAUAUAAAGUUUUAGCAGCUUUCAAAAUGGAGUUAGGAGAAUUCAGGCCAACAAGUUGGCCCAGAACGUAUUUCUUUAGUGGUUCCCUUAGCCAUCUGGUUACCUGGAUGAGUUUGAACAUAUGGAUGUGCCAGAAGCUCAGGAGUGGAUACCCUCUGUUUAGGGUCCCUUAGUAAACAACACUUUAACACAUCUUGAAGAAGGUAUAAAUGGAAAAUAGGGAAAGGUGUUUAGCAACGUCACUGGGAAGCCUGUGCAGAGUGCACCUAAAUGCAAGUCACAUCACACUAAUUUGUUUGUGUUGGCCUUCUAGAGGAAGGAAAACCAUUAGAAAACUUCCAGGUUUUUUUUUUUUUUUUUUAAAAAAGAAAGAAACAAAUGAAUGUUAUACAGCAGUGGGUUGCUAAUAAUGCCUUUAAACAAAAGUAAAAUUUUGGAAUAUUAUGAAUUUAUUGUUAUCUUUGAAUUUAGCAUUUAAUGUCAAAACUACAGUAAUGAUGUGAAAUAUCUUAUUUAUCACAGUACUAAAAGCUGAUUUUUAGCAUCUUUUCCAAAGUGGAAAUCUGAGAUUAGUUCAUUGGAGAUGGUUGGAAGGUCAAAGUGAUUUCAGGGACUGGUUUUGUUACUGAGUCCAACAGCACCUCUUAGCCAGUGUUAUCCAUAAGAUUUCAGUCCAAGGAGUAGUAGAGAGUUGGGUUCAAUAUAGUAUGAAAUGGAAAACAGUAUAACAUGGUUUUGUGGGAGGCAGGGUUGGCCUUAUGCUUCUCUGUCUGACCUCAGGCUGUGUGGGUUCAAGUCCCAGCUCCACCACUUACUAUCUGUGUGACUACAGCGUUAUGUUUUUAAAUAUAAAUUUAUUUAUUUUAUUAUUUUAUUUCAUUUACUUUGGGCUGAGUUGGGUCUUUGUUGCUGCUUGGAGCUUUCUCUAGUUGUGUCGAGUGGGGGCUACUCUUCAUUGCGGUGCACGGGCUUCUCAUUGCCUUGGCUUCUCUUGUUGUGGAGCACGGGCUCUAGGCACGCAGGCUCAGUAGUUGUGGCUCACGGGCUCAGUAGUCGUGGCUCACAGGCUUAGUUGCUCCGCAGCCUGUGGGAUCUUCCUGGACCAGGGCACGAACCCGUGUUCCCUGCAUUAGCAGGUGGAUUCUUAACCACUGCGCCACCAGGGAAGUCCCUACAACAUGUUAUUUAACUUCUCAGCCGUUCAUUUAUCUCAUUGAUAGCAUGAGAAUUAUAAUAUUUAUCUUCUGGGGUUAUUAUGAGGAUUACACAUAUGAAGAAGGUCUCAGAAUAGUGUCUGGCACACCUUAGGCACAGUGAAGUGUUAGUUAUUGUUAGUUUUUAUAGCUAUCCAAGGCAUUCAGUGUAUGUUCUUUAUACAACAGAGAGAAGCAUUACAUUGCUGCUAAACCUUUUAACUCAAUAGGUGCCAAAAUAAAGUCGAAAAUGAUACGAAA